AUGUUCUCCAAAGCCACCCUUCUCAUGGCGCUUGUCGCCAGCGCCUCCGCCCACAUGAGGAUGAAGAACCCAAUGCCUUUCGGCUUCGACACCCUCAACAGCUCCCCUUUGGCACCUGCCGACUUUCCUUGCAAGCAGCGUCCUGGUGUGUACGACGUUACCGAGAUGAACCAAUGGAAUGCCGGUGAGACUCAGGAGGUUUCCUUCCUAGGUUCUGCUGUUCAUGGUGGCGGUUCGUGCCAGUUUUCAAUCACAACUGAUCAAGAGCCAUCCCUGUCCUCCCAAUGGAAAGUCAUCCAGAGUGUUGUCGGUGGUUGCCCAUCCAACGCCAGCGCCAACCUUCCAGAUGCUCCAGACGGUACUGGCGCUGCCACCUUCCCAGUCAAGAUGCCAGAAGACAUCCCCGAUGGCCGUUACACUUUCGCAUGGACUUGGAUCAACAAGGUCGGAAACCGCGAGUUCUACAUGAACUGUGCUCCCGUUCAGGUCGGAAAUGGCGCUAGCAAGGCUUCCACUGCCAGUGCUUCUCAGGCCCUCUCAUCUCUACCAGACAUGUUCGUGGCCAACUUGCCCGAUACCGAAUGUCACACUGCAGAGAAUGAAGACUUCGUCUACCCAGAACCAGGCAAGAACCUCAUCGAGGGCAAUGGUGCUGCACUGGGCGACACCCUGACUGGUUCUGGAUGUGCUAAGAUGACCAAGAUGGGUGCUGGUAACGGCAAGAUUGGAACCCCCACUCAGCCUGAGGCAUCUCAACCCGCAGGAAGCGAGACCCCAGCUGCCAGUUCUCCAUUGGCUUCCCUUCCUGCCAACAACGGUGGCAUCUUCGCUCCCGGUGCUUCUCAAGCUCCUACGCCCACUCCUACUCCCAUCGUCUCCAAGCCUAUCACCUCCCCUCAACAACCUGCCGAUAGCACUCCUCAGCCACCCGCCCAAAGUGCUCCUCAGCCACCCACCCCCACCGGAAGCGCUCCUCAGCCGCCUGCCCUCAGCCCUGCCCCAGAGACUCCCGAAAACGGCACAAACACACCCUCCUCUGGCAAUGGUGACUGCACUCCCUGCGACAAUGAUGGUGCAGUCGUCUGCAUUGGCACCAGCCAGUUCGGUCUCUGCAACCACGGAUGUGUUGUUGCCCAGCCCCUGGCCAACGGCAUGUCUUGCACUGGUGGCGCUGUCGUUGCCUCUGCCAAGAAGCGAUCUCUCCACUUCCCUCGCGCUCACCUCCACCGCCGCCACGGAGCCUCUCACCUCAUCUAA